CCUGACCUCUAAAGUUUUAAAAUAUUACACACUUUAAAAUACCAUUUCUAUCUUGAAAUACCUGUGUCUCUAUGUUUUUAAAAACUUCCUUUUUAUUUCUUUCCAUUUAUCAUCAAAUAAAGGAUGAAUAGAUAUACUCAGAAACUGUCAAACAUGCUGAAGAAAGUCCACUGCAGAAAAAUUUCUCCUGGCCUUUUUACAGGUGUUAGCAGAGUGGAGCUACAGAAUUGGAGAGGUCGGAGGUUUUGUAUUAACUGUAUUAAAUGCAAAUCCAGAGAAAAUUUCCCUUAACGACAUCCUGUAUCCUUAUAUGGAUAUGAAGACUUCUGUGAACUUUGAGAGACGUGUCUCUAUAAGUUGAAAUGUCCCCGAUGAUUCAGCUGAUGCACGUUUCUCUAUUUGCCCUUUCCAGAGAGGCGCAACGGAAGCGACAACAUUCCUCCUGGAGAUUCGAUCUGUUUCGCAAUUUCUAAAGGAAUCAACAUUCGGUCAAGCCGGGCCGGGAGCAUUCAUUUGAGAUGAGGUUUGAUUGGCUCACAGGACAGCGCUGGGGCUGGGCCGAGCACCGACGCUGACUCCUCUUUUCCACAGGAAACCUGCGCUCAUUCGAGCAGCGGCUCCUCAGAGCAGCGGCUCCUCCAAGCUCGAAGAAGUAGAGGCCGCUGUUUGUUUCCACUAGGUCUUUCGACGAAGCCGGAGUCUCUUCUUCCAAAAUUUCACGUCUUAGUGGCCGCUCUAAGGAGCUAGAGGUCGGGAUGGAUCUCGAAGGGGACCACAAUGGAGGAGCAGGGAAGAACUUUUUAAAACUGAACAAUAAAAGUGAAAAAGAUAAGACGGAAAAGAAACCAACUGUCAGUGUUUUUGCAAUGUUUCGCUAUUCAAAUUGGCUUGACAAGUUGUAUAUGGUGGUGGGAACUUUGUUUGCCAUCAUCCAUGGGGCAUCACUUCCCCUCAUGAUGCUGGUGUUUGGAAAAAUGACAGACACCUUUGCAGAUGCAGGAAAGUUGGAAAAUCUGUACCCAAACAUCACUAAUCAAAGUUAUAUCAAUAUUACAGGGGCCUUCGAGAAUCUGGAGGAAGACAUGACCAGGUAUGCCUAUUACUACAGUGGAAUUGGUGCUGGAGUGCUGGUUGCUGCUUACAUUCAGGUUUCAUUUUGGUGCCUGGCAGCUGGAAGACAAAUAUACAAAAUAAGAAAACAGUUUUUUCACGCUAUAAUGCAACAGGAGAUGGGCUGGUUUGAUGUGCAUGAUGUUGGGGAGCUUAACACCCGGCUUACAGAUGAUAUCUCCAAGAUUAAUGAAGGAAUUGGUGACAAAAUUGGAAUGUUCUUUCAGUCAAUAGCAACGUUUUUCACUGGGUUUAUAGUAGGAUUUACACGUGGUUGGAAGCUAACCCUUGUGAUUUUGGCCAUCAGUCCUGUUCUUGGACUGUCAGCUGCUAUCUGGGCAAAGAUAUUAUCUUCAUUUACUGAUAAAGAACUCUUAGCAUAUGCAAAAGCUGGAGCAGUAGCUGAAGAGGUCUUGGCAGCAAUUAGAACUGUGAUUGCAUUUGGAGGACAAAAGAAAGAACUUGAAAGGUACAACAAAAAUUUAGAAGAAGCUAAAAGAAUUGGGAUAAAGAAAGCCAUUACAGCCAAUAUUUCUAUAGGUGCUGCUUUCCUACUGAUCUAUGCAUCUUAUGCUCUGGCCUUCUGGUAUGGGACCACAUUGGUCCUCUCAGGGGAAUAUACUAUUGGACAAGUACUCACUGUAUUCUUUGCAGUAUUAAUUGGGGCUUUUGGUGUUGGACAGACAUCUCCAAGCAUUGAAGCAUUUGCAAAUGCAAGAGGAGCAGCAUAUGAAAUCUUCAAGAUAAUUGAUAAUAAGCCAAGCAUUGACAGCUAUUCGAAGAGUGGGCACAAACCAGAUAAUAUUAAGGGAAAUUUGGAAUUCAGAAAUGUUCACUUCAGUUACCCAUCUCGAAAAGAAGUUAAGAUCUUGAAGGGCCUGAACCUGAAGGUGCAGAGUGGGCAGACGGUAGCCCUGGUUGGAAACAGUGGCUGUGGGAAGAGCACAACGGUCCAGCUGAUACAGAGGCUCUAUGACCCCACAGAAGGCAUGGUCAGUGUUGAUGGACAGGAUAUUAGGACCAUAAAUGUAAGGUUUCUACGGGAAAUCAUUGGUGUGGUGAGUCAGGAACCUGUGUUGUUUGCCACCACGAUCGCUGAAAACAUUCGCUAUGGCCGUGAAAAUGUCACCAUGGAUGAGAUUGAGAAAGCUGUCAAGGAAGCCAAUGCCUAUGACUUUAUCAUGAAACUGCCUCAUAAAUUUGACACCCUGGUUGGAGAGAGAGGGGCCCAGCUCAGUGGUGGACAGAAGCAGAGGAUUGCCAUUGCACGUGCCCUGGUUCGCAACCCCAAGAUCCUCCUGCUGGAUGAGGCCACAUCAGCCUUGGACACGGAAAGUGAAGCAGUGGUUCAGGUGGCUCUGGAUAAGGCCAGAAAAGGCCGGACCACCAUUGUGGUAGCUCAUCGUUUGUCUACAGUUCGUAAUGCUGAUGUCAUUGCUGGUUUCGAUGAUGGAGUCAUUGUGGAGAAAGGAAAUCAUGAUGAACUCAUGAAAGAGAAAGGAAUUUACUUCAGACUUGUCACAAUGCAGACAGCAGGAAAUGAAAUUGAAUUAGAAAAUGCAGCUGAUGAAUCCAAAAGUGAAACUGAUGCCUUGGAAAUGUCUUCGAAUGAUUCAGGAUCCAGUCUAAUAAGAAAAAGAUCAAGUCGGAGGAGUAUCCGUGGAUCACAAGGCCAAGACAAAAAGCCUAGUACCAAAGAGAAUCUGGAUGAAAGUGUACCUCCAGUUUCCUUUUGGAGGAUUUUGAAGCUAAAUUUAACUGAAUGGCCUUAUUUUGUUGUUGGUGUAUUUUGUGCCAUUGUAAAUGGGGGCCUGCAACCAGCAUUUUCAAUAAUAUUUUCAAAGAUUAUAGGGGUUUUUACAAGAAAUGAGGAUCCUGAAACAAAACGACAAAAUAGUAACAUAUUUUCACUACUGUUUCUAAUUCUUGGAAUUAUUUCUUUUAUUACAUUUUUCCUUCAGGGCUUCACAUUUGGCAAAGCUGGAGAGAUCCUCACAAAGCGGCUCCGAUACAUGGUUUUCCGAUCCAUGCUCAGACAGGAUGUGAGCUGGUUUGAUGACCCUAAAAACACCACUGGAGCAUUGACUACCAGGCUUGCCAAUGAUGCUGCUCAAGUUAAAGGGGCUAUAGGCUCCAGGCUUGCUGUAAUUACCCAGAAUAUAGCAAAUCUUGGGACAGGAAUAAUUAUAUCCUUCAUCUAUGGCUGGCAACUAACACUGUUUCUCUUGGCAAUUGUACCCAUCAUUGCAAUAGCAGGAGUGGUUGAAAUGAAGAUGUUGUCUGGACAUGCCCUGAAAGAUAAGAAAGAACUAGAAGGUGCUGGGAAGAUUGCUACUGAAGCAAUAGAAAACUUCCGAACUGUUGUUUCUUUGACCCAGGAGCAGAAGUUUGAACAUAUGUAUGCACAGAAUUUGCAGGUACCAUACAGAAACUCUUUGAAGAAAGCACAAAUCUUUGGAAUCACAUUUUCCUUCACCCAGGCAAUGAUGUAUUUUUCCUAUGCUGCCUGUUUCCGGUUUGGUGCCUACUUGGUGGCACAUAGGCUCAUGAGCUUUGAGGAUGUUCUGCUAGUAUUUUCAGCUAUUGUCUUUGGUGCCAUGGCUGUUGGGCAAGUCAGUUCAUUUGCUCCUGACUAUGCCAAAGCCAAAGUAUCAGCAGCUCACAUCAUCAUGAUCAUUGAAAAAACCCCUUUGAUUGACAGCUACAGCACCGAAGGCCUAAAGCCAAAAACACUGGAAGGAAAUGUGACAUUUAAUGAAGUUGUAUUCAACUAUCCCUCAAGACCGGACAUCCCAGUGCUUCAGGGGCUAAGCCUGGAGGUCAAGAAGGGCCAAACGCUGGCCCUGGUGGGCAGCAGUGGCUGUGGGAAGAGCACGGUGGUCCAGCUCCUGGAGCGGUUCUAUGACCCCUUGGCGGGGAAAGUGCUGCUUGAUGGCAAAGAAAUAAAGCAACUGAAUGUUCAGUGGCUCCGAGCACACCUGGGCAUCGUGUCCCAGGAGCCCAUCCUGUUUGACUGCAGCAUUGGUGAGAACAUUGCCUAUGGAGACAACAGCCGAGUGGUGUCACAGGAAGAGAUCGUGAGGGCAGCCAAGGAGGCCAACAUACACACCUUCAUUGAGUCACUGCCUAAGAAAUAUAACACCAGAGUAGGAGACAAAGGAACCCAACUCUCUGGUGGCCAGAAACAGCGUGUGGCCAUAGCUCGUGCCCUUGUUAGACAGCCUCAUAUUUUGCUUUUGGAUGAAGCCACAUCAGCUCUGGAUACAGAAAGUGAAAAGGUUGUCCAAGAAGCCCUGGACAAAGCCAGAGAAGGCCGCACCUGUAUUGUGAUUGCUCACCGCCUGUCCACCAUCCAGAGUGCGGACUUAAUAGUGGUGUUUCAGAAUGGCAGAAUCAAGGAGCAUGGCACGCAUCAGCAGCUGCUGGCACAGAAAGGCAUCUAUUUUUCAAUGGUCAGUGUCCAGGCUGGAGCGAAGCGCCAGUGAACUGUAACUAUAUGAGAUGUUAAAUAUUUUUUAAUAUAGCAUUUAAUUGAAGUUAAAAAGCAAGCAUUUAUAGAAUUAUGAAGAGUUGUCUGUUUAACAUUUCCUCAAUCAAGUUCAGAGUCUUCAGAGAUUUCGUAAUUAAAGGAACAGAGCGAGAGACUUCAAGUGGGGAGACAUCCUGGUUUAAAUUGCAUUAUACAUUUUAUAACAAAAUUAAAGUAGAUUUAAAAAAAUAAAAUGUGUAAUUUUGUUUAUAUUUUCUCAUUUGGACUGUAACUGACUGCCUUGCUAAAAGAUUAUAGAAGUAGCAAAAAGUAUUGAAAUGUUUGCAUAAAGUGCCUGUAAUAAAACUAAACUUUCAUGUAAAUGGCAUGUCAUCUUGUCCAAACUGCCUGUGAAUAUAUCUUCUGUCAACUGGAAUAUUGUAGAUAACUUCUGCUUAAAAAAAGUUUCUUUAAAUACACCUGCUCAUUUUUGUGGGAAUGGUUAAGCAGUUUAAAUAAUUCCUGUUGUAUGUGUCUAUUCGCAUUGGGUCUUACGAAACCUCUGACUUCAUUCUUCUUGGAUCCUGCUGAUUCUUGCAUUUCUACAUUAAGGUGGCUCUCAGACUCAAAACACAGAUCAAUAUAAAAUUUUGAGAGGUGGGGUGAGACACAAUUGUAACAUAUAUAUUACUUACAUGUACAGUAAAUAUUUUGCAUUGCUUUUGUAAAGGGUUCUUUAAGGAUUUUUAAGAUUUUUGUACUUCCAAAAUACAUUUACUUUUUGUCUUGAUAAUGAAUCAUUUUUGCCAAUAAUUGGCCUCUUCCAAAAGUGAUCCUACUGAUCUACAGAUGUUUAAAAUGUGCCAUGAGUUUAACUACAUCUUGAUGGAAACAUGAU